AGAAAAUCGAAGAAGUGAUAGCUGGUGAAAAUUUCAAGUUUUGCGCUUUUAUAAGAUCAUAUUAAGUCUAAAUGUGUGAGAUUGCGAGUGUUAUACUUUAAACAGCGUACCGCAUUAAACGUUGAGGAUUUCAAUUUAUUUAACGUCAGGUGAUUUGUUACUUCAUUGCAUAAGAGAAUGUAUACAUUGGACUAUUUGUAGCUACCAGAUAUUGCGAGAUGUGUGGUAUCAACUUGCUGUGAGUAGCGGGCAUUGUGCGUAAGUACAUACAUCCAUAUUCACAUUGCGGAAUAAGUAAGCUGCAUACAAUUGGAACUACAACUCGACGCCCCGUGCAGUGCCUCACAAACUGCAAACUGUUCAUAUUUGUUUACAUUUCACACAGCUGAUUUUACAAGAGCGCUCAGUUAUUUACCAAUAGGUGCAUUCAUAUCAAGACAUAAAAUAAAACAGCUGCAAUUCUGCAAAUCUUUAUAAAUAUGACUUUUGUCGACACGGUGCGAGAAUUUCAUGCUUUGGGCUGUGAUGAUGACAUAAAGUGUGCUCUGGGCGUUCGAGUAUGUUUGGACUUGGAAUGCGAUAAACGUGUUACAAAAUUGUCGAAAUGUUACGAUUCGGAAUUGAAUUUGGUAUAUUUACAAGGCGAACGUGAUAAUGCAGUUGUCACUUUUGUGCCUGUUUUGUCCAGUCAACCAUUAAAUUUCGUUGAAGUAGAAAGUAUUCAAAAGAAAUUAAUUGGAACGGAUAGUAAAAGCGCUGCGAUUACUAUAGCUAUUUGCGACACUUCAACGAAUGUUCUUUACUACGAAGUAACGCCAGGUGUGGUCGACAAAAAAUUAUGAUUAACUAAAAGUACGCAAAGUCAAAAGUGUUACUGAUUUGAAAAAUACUUACAAUGGUGGGCACAAAUGGCGGUUUCACCUUGCGCAGCAAUAAAUCAUCCCAACUGAUAGAGCGGAAGAACGCUUGCUUCUUGACGUCUUCAGCAUCGCGCUCUGAUGAACCUAAUCUACGUUCUGGAUUCUUACGC